AUGGUGUCGCUGAAGCUACAGAAGCGGCUUGCCGCCAGCGUCCUUAAGUGCGGAAAAAGAAAGGUCUGGCUUGACCCUAAUGAAGUCAAUGAACUCUACAAGGCUAAUUCCCGACAAAACAUUAGGAAGUUGGUUAAGGAUGGUUUCAUCAUCAGGAAGCCCACCAAGAUUCACUCGCGAUCCCGUGCUCGCAGAAUGAAGGAGGCCAAGAGAAAGGGACGUCACUCCGGAUAUGGUAAACGUAAGGGUACUAGGGAGGCCAGAUUACCCACAAAAGUGCUUUGGAUGCGGAGAAUGAGGGUCCUCAGGCGCUUGCUGCGUAAGUACAGGGAGUCGAAGAAAAUUGACAAACACAUGUAUCAUGACAUGUACAUGAAGGUGAAGGGAAAUGUUUUCAAGAACAAACGUGUUUUGAUGGAGAGCAUCCACAAGUCUAAGGCUGAGAAGGCCAGAGAGAAGACCUUGUCUGAUCAGUUUGAGGCUAGGAGAACGAAGAACAAGGCUAGUAGGGAGAGGAAGAUAGCAAGGAGAGAGGAACGUCUAGCCCAGGGGCCAGGAGAGAGAGCACCACCGCCUACCACUGCAGCAGCCCCUGCAUCCCAGCCAGCACAGGGAAGUAAGAAAGCUAAGAAGUGA